AUGUCAGAGUUGGCCGAAGGAGCCAUGACUAUGGAAGAAGAGCGGGAAAUGGAUGACAAAGUUGUCAGUACAGAGAAAGCAGAAGAAGCCAAGAUAAAGGUCAUGCAUCCCAAUCUUGGAGCUAGACCGGGAGGUUCAGAUUUUCUGAGAAAACGACUUCAGAAAGGGCUAAAGUAUUUUGAUUCUGGUGAUUACAACAUGGCCAAGGCCAAAAUGAAGAAUAAACCCUUGCCAUCAGCCCCAACAGAGAAGGCUCAGAUCACAGGUGGUCACAUCCCGACACCUCAGGACCUGCCUCAGAGAAAGACCUAUAUUGCGACAAGCAAACUGGCUGAGAGAUGAGUG